AGGAUACCAGUUACUGAUUGAUGGCGUUGAGAAUCUCCAUCAAUUCAUCACCCACGAUCUAUAUUCAAUGCGAGCGGUGAUUAUGCAAGGCGGUGGAUGUGUUACUAUAAAAAGAUAAGCUCUCCCACCUUGAUAAUCACUACUUUCGAUAAGCUCUCCCACCUCAAGUAAUAAUCUCAUCAUCUUUCCCCUUGAGAUGAGCUCCAAAACGUCUGGAGACGGCGGCGAACAAUCUGCUUCCGCCGGGACGAGCGCUGGUCCAUCACCGUCAUCAUACGACAAACAGAAGGAGAAGGCACGAGUGAGCAGAACGUCUCUGAUCCUAUGGCACGCACACCAGAACGCCGCAGGAGCAGUUCGUAAACUCCUGAAGGAAGUUCCGUCUCUGGUUCAUGCCAGAGGCUACCACAAGCGAACCCCUCUCCACGUGGCGUUGCUUCCUAGAUGGAUCGAUGUUGUUAACUGCCUGCUCGAGUUUGUCGCUAAUGUCAAUGCUCAGGACAGGUGGAAGAACACGCCUCUGGCUGAUGCAGAAAAAGCUAGGAAGCAGAAAUUUGAGUUAUUGAAAUCUCAUGGUGGUUUAUCUUAUGGUCAAAACGGUAGUCACUUUGAUUGGGAGAUUGAACAUGUUGAGCUGGAUUUCUCUAAUGCUGCCAUGAUUGGAAAGAUUGGCCGUUCUUCCUCCACCGUUCAAGUGCAGUUGUUCUGUUUCUGGGUUCUCAGGCCCCAUGAUGCUGGCCUCCGUGAACGUCCAUCGGCUUCCCACACACAAGCCUAAUCUGAAAGCGGGUUCGGUCUAUUCUUUAACCGGGUUUGAUGUAACCAAAACUACAGGUUAUUGGACUCUUCCAUGCUAAUCCGUUCUAGCUAAAAAAGUUAUUUUGGGAAUUGUAACGAACUUAUGAUAUGAGAGGGCGGCCUUAGAAGUGAGCGAUGAUGAGCUUGAGAUCGUGCGGAAUGCCUGGUGUUUUGCUGCUUCAAAAAGAAAUUCCAGACUCCACCAACGUUUAAGUUGUUAAGGCUGUGAAGAGAGUAGUUGUUCCGGUAGUCCUUGACGUGGGGGGGGGGAUGGAUACGCCAAUCCCUAAUCAGCUAUUGGAUCGAAUGAAACUGAGCUCACUCGCUUCACCGGAAUGCAUACUGAAACUUUUGAGCAUAUUAGCAAGGUUGUUGCAAAAUACCACAAGUUAGUAUGUACGUAUUUCUCUGUCCAUCACUCCCUCAACAUCUUCAGUCACCGAGCCCUAUAAACUACGCUCCACUGCUCCUCCGCCUCUUCUCUUACCGGUGGCCAUUAUACUGUAGCUGUGAGUCUUUUGGCCGGUUCUACUAGAGAUGUGUACGUGUGCACGACAUUGAUCGGAUCUCCUUCGCUGCUUCCCCUCUUUUUCCUCUGCUUCGCUCUCCUCUCCUCCGGUUCGAGUUACUCCCGGACGAAGAGUCACUUCUCCACUUUGUAUCUCCGUGUUACAUCAGAACGGAGCCUAAAACCAUCUCUCCUCUCUGCCGUUGUAUCCCUUUCCAUUGUAUACAUGGAUCAAUUUUUACGGUGACUAUCACUAUGACACUAUUCAUAUUUGGAAG